GCAUGUCGACUGGCACGAACCAAGUUAAAAGCUGCCCCAUCCCCACCAGGGUGCUCACCCUGAAGGACUGGUCUCAGCUCCCCGACUGCUACAGCCAGACACCCGGAGGGACCCUCUUCUCCACCACGCCAGGAGGCACCCGCAUCAUCUACGACAGGAAGUUCCUGUUGGAGUGCCGAAAUUCCCCCUUAGCCCGGACCCCACCAUGCUGCCUGCCGCAGAUCCCUGGGGUGACGGUGCCUGCCACACACCCCACAGGGAAGCUGCAGGACCUCAAGGAGGAGGCUGAAGAGGAAGAGAAGGACGUUGCAGAUGACAGCCAGUUUGAGAUGGAUAUCUGAGAUCCAGUACUACCUCCUGUGGAGAGUUAUUAGAUAAAACACCUCCAAGGUCAUUAACGACCAUUACCUAUGAUGCUUUUUUUUUUUUUAAAUGUAAGGUUUUUGAGAGGAACCAAAAAGAAUGUGUGAACGAAGGCAACGCUUUAGGGUGUUUUUGACCCUGGACUGUGGGCAAAAUGCAACAAAAUUGUAUUUACACAAGUUCAUUAGUUGCUCACUCGCUUUAGAGCUGCAGCAAAAUUUAAAAAAAACUCUUAAUUUCCACUUUUUUUAUCUUUUUGUAAAUACAAAAAUUGUACAAUGUAGCCUAUUUUUAAGUUGGGGAGUACAAAGUGGUUACAUGAAGACAUGUACAUGAGGGUUUUUCACUGCAGGCAUCAGUUUUGUUUUGUUGUACUCCCUGUCUCCUAAUGCUGAGGGGUGAGGGCCUACUGAAAAAUCAAAUAGUACUGUUUUGAAUGGAAGGAGAGAUGAAAUGUGAAUCAUUUCAAUAAAGGCUAUUCAAACUGUCA